GUAAAUGAAGGAAGUGCAAGUGCAAGUGAGAUCCUAGCAGGGGCAUUACAUGACAACGGCCGAGCUGUUCUUGUAGGAAAUAAAACAUUUGGUAAAGGAAAAAUCCAGAGCGUGACUGAGCUCCAUGACGGUUCUGCCCUAUUCAUUACAGUUGCCAAAUACUUAUCUCCAGCUCUCCAUGAGAUUGAUAAGGUUGGCAUAACACCUGACGUACAAUGUAUUCCUGAUAUGUUCUCUGCAUCUAAGGCUUGGACUUCAGGGGUUAAGAGCUCAGCAUCAUCUUCCCUUGAGGCAGAUUCUAGUAUCAUAGUGGAUGAGCAUGAAUUGGAGGUCCAGAGAUCAAAGG